GCGUGUGCCACUCCCAUCGUAAAGCCAGAGAAAGGAAGAGAGGCAGUCAGAGCACAGAGCCGAGCCUUCGCCUUCGCCCCAGAGAGCGAACGAACGCACACACACAGCCGCAAUGGCGCGCGCCGGCGCUCUCUGCCUCGCGCUGCUCUGCCUCCUCGCGGCGCACUCCGCCGUCGCCCAGAAGGCCACGGCACCGGCCGCUGCGCCCACCACCACCACGCCCACACCGGCGGCUCCCGCCAAGAAGACGACCGCGCCCGCCGCGGCGCCGGCCACCACGCCCGUUGCCGCCACCCCACCGACCGCAGCGGCUCCCACCACACCCGCAACCCCCGCCCCCGCCGCGGCGCCACCCACCAAGGCUACCCCGGCACCAUCCAAGGCUCCCGCCGCGGCGCCACCCACCAAGGCCUCCUCGCCCCCUGCCCCGGCGCCCAAGGCCAGCACUCCGCCGGUCGAGGCUCCCGUCGCCGCCCCGCCCGCUCCCGUCGCCGAGGCUCCCGCCACCAUUCCCACCAAGCCUGACGCCCCCGCGCCCGCCCCGGCCAAGAAGAAGAAGAAGUCAUCCUCCAAGAAGAAGAAGAGCAAGGCCCCGGCCCCCGCUCCCGUCGCCGCCGAGGCCCCCACCAAGUCCAAGAAGGCUAAGGCCCCCGCGGCCUCCGACGACUCCGAAGCCCCCGGCCCCGCACUCGAUGCUGCCGCCGACGACACCGCGGGCGCGAUCCAGAGCAUGGCAGGAAGCAUCAUGUCGGCGUGCGCGAUGGCGCUGGGCCUCCUCGCCCUCCUCGCCUAGACGAGCAAAGCCGGUGAACGCGGGAGGCCAGCCGGCCCCAUCGAGACCCGCCACGAGAACACGCAAUCAUUCAUGCGGCCGCUGCACCGGGCCUUUCGGACGAGCUGUCUCUGUCUGUGUGUGUGCACGCCACCACAUUUUGUGCUGUAUCUCGUGUCUAUUUUUUCUAACUGGCUGGACGGGCCGGCAUCUCCUCCUCCUCCUUCCUGUGUAGUCCCACUCACGCACGUCCGCCUCGGAUUCUUUCUUCCUGUGUACCAAAUUGAUGAGAUUUGAUUUAUAUUUUUAUUACCCCUCAUUGUAUUAUUCCAUCAUUGUUUAAUCAUAGAUCUGUCUCUUUCGUCA